AUGAGUUUAAUGGAGCUCAACCAAACUGAUCCCUGUUUACAGUUUUCCUGUCCAGAGAGAUCCGUGUCUCCUGUUUAUGUGCUGCUCUGUGUGUGUGCUGCUGCUGCUGUUCUGCUGACAGUGUGUGGAAACCUGCUCAUCAUCAUCUCCGUCUGCCACUUCAAGCAGCUCCACACACCGACUAACAUGCUCAUCCUCUCUCUGGCUGCGUCGGACUUUCUGGUCGGAGUUUUUGUGAUGCCGUUCCACUUAAGUCGACUGACUGAAUCGUGCUGGAUUUUUGGACCAGCUAUCUGUGUGUUUUUUGUUUUAAUCUCCUUUUUUGUCACCAGCAUAUCGAUAUACAAUGUCGCUCUUAUUGCUGUUGACCGGUAUUUUGCCAUCUCUAACCCCUUUCUCUACGCUGAAAACAUAACCGCGGGCAAAGCUUGUGUUGUGAUUUUAUGCAACUGGUUUGUUUUACUGUCUUACAACUCAUCACUUCUGUACUUUAAUGGAAACGCCAUAGGUCUGAUACUGUGUCCAGACCAGUGCCUCGUGGUGUUAAACGAGGUUUGGUCUCUGGUUGAUCUUCUGGUUGUUUUUGUCCUUCCUUGUUCUGUGAUAAUCAUAUUUUAUCUUCUGAUUUUCAUCAUUGCCAAGAAGCAUGCCAGUGCUAUUAGGGAGCUUAACCUGCAGAGCAAUGCCCACGGCUCAAAGAACACGGCGGACUCCAUGAAGUCUGAGAGAAAAGCCGCCAAAGUCCUCAGCAUUUUAGUGGCUGUUUUUUUGGCUUGUUUAUUUCCGUACUUUGUUAAUACUUUAGUAAGUAAUGCAGUUGAAACGGCGUCAUUUCAUAAUUUGGUGAUCCUUCUAUAUCUGAACUCCACCAUCAACCCAGUGAUUUAUGCUUUGUUUUACCCGUGGUUUAGGAGGUGCACCAAAGUCAUUUUAACUCUUCGGAUAUUCAGAACUGAUUCAGCGCUCAUGAAAGUGCUCUGA